AUGUCUGCACCGACCACUGAUAACGAUAACACUACCUCUUUCAAGCCCUUCAAGCUGCUCUCGUUCGAUGUCUACGGUACUCUCAUUGAUUGGGAGAGCGGACUCUACGCUGCCGCUCAACCCCUCCUCACUCAUUACUCCCCCACCACAAACACCCUCUCCCGUGAGGAAUUCAUCAACCUCUACAACACUCUCGAGGGUGCUCAGCAGAAGGAAACCCCCGAGAUGAAGUAUUCGGAAGUCCUCUCCACCGUAUACCAGCAGAUUGCAUCUACCCUCUCUCAGCCCCCACCAUCACAGGAAGAGGCGGAUGAAUUUUCAGCGUCCAUCAAGAACUGGAAGGCGUUCCCUGAUACGGUAGACGCGUUGAAGAGACUCAAGAAGCACUUCAAGCUGGUGGUCUUGAGUAAUGUCGACCGUGACUCUUUUGCAACUUCGCUGCCUGAGUUGGGUGGUGAAGGUAUCUUCGAUGCUAUCUUGACAGCUCAGGAUAUUGGUAGCUAUAAGCCGGACUUGAACAACUUUGAGUAUUUGCUCAAAGAGGUCAAAGAGAGGUUUGGUGUAGAGAAAGAUGAGAUUCUGCAUACAGCUCAGAGCCUGCAUCAUGAUCAUAUUCCAGCGGAGAUCAUGAAGCUGAGAAGUGCCUGGAUUAGUAGGAAGGAUGCAACGAUCGGAUCGGAGGAUGAUGAGUUCGUGAAAGUAGGGGCAUGGGAGUGGAGGUUUAAUACAUUAGGGGAAAUGGCAGAUGCGGUAGAGAAGGAGCUUGGGGGCGUUUGA